AUGUCUGCAGCUCCCUCCCACUUCAACUGUCUCCCACCCACCCAUUCAUACUUCAUGCUGCCAACUCUUAUUGUAGCCUGUGGACCUGACCAUUUCUUCCACAUUUCACUCAUAUUUUCUGCAAUUCUUUUUCUUUUUUAUCUCUUACACGUUUACUCUCUCUCUCUCUCUUACACGUUUACUCUCUCUCUCUCUCUUACACGUUUACUCUCUCUCUCUCACACGUUUCUCUCUCUCUCUCUCUCUCUCUCUCCACGUUUACUCUCUCUCUCACACGUUUACUCUCUCUCUCACACGUUUACUCUCUCUCUCUCUCACGUUUACUCUCUCUCUCUCUCUCUCUCUCUCUCUCACGUUUACUCUCUCUCUCUCUCUCUCGUUUACUCUCUCUCUCUCUCUCGUUUACGUUCUCUCUCUCUCUCUCUCUCUCUCACGUUUUACUCUCUCUCUCUCGUUUACUCUCUCUCUCUCUCACUCUCUCUCUCUCGUUUACUCUCUCUCUCACGUUUACUCUCUCUCUCACGUUUACUCUCUCUCUCACGUUUACUCUCUCUCACGUUUACUCUCUCUCACGUUUACUCUCUCUCGUUUACUCUCUCUCUCUCACGUUUACUCUCUCUCUCUCACGUUUACUCUCUCUCUCACACGUUUACUCUCUCUCUCUCACGAUUACUCUCUCUCUCUCUCACACGUUUACUCUCUCUCUCUCUCUCACACGUUUACUCUCUCUCUCUCUCUCACGUUUACUCUCUCUCUUCUCACGUUUACUCUCUCUCUCUCACGUUUCUCUCUCACACGUUUUACUCUCUCUCUCUCACACGUUUACUCUCUCUCUCUUUUACUCUCUCUCUCUCUCACACGUUUACUCUCUCUCUCUCACACGUUUACUCUCUCUCUCUCACACGUUUACUCUCUCUCUCUCACACGUUUACUCUCUCUCUCACACGUUUACUCUCUCUCUCUCACACGUUUACUCUCUCUCUCACACAUUUACUCUCUCUCUCACUUUACUCUCUCUCUCUCUCUCUCUCUCUCUCACACGUUUACUCUCUCUCUCUCACGUUUACUCUCUCUCUUCUCUCUCUCUCUCUCACGUUUACUCUCUCUCUCUCACACGUUUACUCUCUCUCUCUCUCUCUCUCUCUCUCUCUCACGUUUACUCUCUCUCUCUCUCUCUCACACGUUUACUCUCUCUCUCUCUCUCUCUCACACGUUUACUCUCUCUCUCUCUCUCUCACACGUUUACUCUCUCUCUCUCUCUCUCACACGUUUACUCUCUCUCUCUCUCUCUCUCUCACACGUUUACUCUCUCUCUCUCUCUCUCUCUCUCACACGUUUACUCUCUGUCAGAUUUUUUUUUCUUUUGUCAUUCUCUCAUCUCUUUCUGCUGGGAAUAUUUUGGUCAGAGAUAAAGAUUUCUCAUUCGUCCUCCAAAUUGAAGCCAUACACUUGGGAAUUCAUCUACACGCUGCUAAGAAUCCAGCCUUGACUUUUAUCCUCUUCUCUUUUAAUCAAUAUUGCUUACUCUCUCUCUCUCUCUCUCUCUCUACCUAUCAACAUUUCUUAUUUUUCCCCCCUCUUAGAGAUACACACCUGACUGUCUGCUUUCAUUGCAUUCUUCAUAUACUUUGCAAUUCCAAAAGAUAUUUUGAAUUUACCAUAUGCUUUAAUUUCCUGUACUUAUAG